AUGGAGUCGCCCCGGGGGCGGCCUGGGCCCGAGACAGACCUGCUAGCUCUGGGGGAACAGCAAGCUGCGAUCUUCGGCGACGGCCCGAGCCAAACGCCCUCUGAGCGGCCCUCAGGCCUCCGACUGUCCGAGGAGGAAGAGGGAGAGAACGUUGGGAGCGCGAGCUGCCACCCCAAGGCGUCCCCGAAGACUUCGAGCUGCAGCUUUGUCCACCCUCCGGAAUGGGAAGCUCCGGAGGACAAGCUGGGCCGUGGAGGGACGCUUUCUGGGGCAGGGAGCCGCCUGGGGGCGCCGGAUCCCGAAUACGACCCGCACUGGUCCUCCCGGCGCAAGGACCCUGAGCCGCCAGAAGACAAGCCUGAAUCCGAGAGGGUCUGCCGUCGAGGGAGCCCUGUAGGCGGCGGGAUGGGUGUUGAGCAGGAGAAGGAAGACGACGAUGAGGCGGCAGCAGCUGGCAGGGGUAGCCGUUCGUUCUCCAGCCGCCUUCAGGACAGCCGCAGUUUGGACGGGUUGAGCGGGGCGUGCGGCGGCGCCGUGUCUUCAGGGGGUGCAGAAUUUGGCGCCGGCGGCGGGCGGCGCGCCACUAUCUCCAGCCCCCUGGAGCUUGAAGGCACGGUGAGCCGCCAUGGCGACCUCACCCACUUUGUCGCCAACAACCUGCAACUCAAGAUCCGUCUGAGCGGCGCCCCUCAACCCCCGCCCCCUGCCCCUACGCGGCCCUGUUCAGCGCCCACACCCACUCCGGCCAUCCCUCCCAUCGACCCCGACGUGCUGCGGGACCUGGAGCGGCUGAGUCGGGAGCUGGGCGGCAGGGUGGACCGUCUGCUUCGCGGUCUGGGAGGUGCGGUGCAGGAGCUGACAGCUCUGAGCGUGGGCUGCAUCCAGACCUACCGCGAUGCAGUGGACUCUCUAGGUGAAGCUGUGGACAUGAGCAUCAAGGGCAUGUAUACCCUGCUGGCGCGCUGUGAAGAACUGGAGCGGGCUCUGCAACCGGUUCAGGGACUGGCGCGACAAGUCCGGGAUAUCCGACGCACCUUGGAGGUGUUGGAGGCCCUGUGCAAGUGA